AUGCCUCGAAAUUACGAGUUUUCUGAUUGUCUAUACAACCCUACUUUACCUUGCAUCUAUUACCCGACAUUCUUUAAGUUAUCUAAGUGCAAUUCAACUCUGACUAAUGCUUUAAGAGCAGCAUUUGUACAGGUGGAGAAUCAAUAUCCAGGGUUUAGCGAACAGUUUAUCAUUCGCUUGUUACAGCGUCUUGGAGUUAAUGAUGAUAUAAAUCUGUCAGAGACAUACCCGGAAAUCGCUGGUGUACACACCCAACUAUGUGGAGGCAUGGAGAAUCAAAUGAUUAAUCGGAUCGAGAUUUCUGCUAACAAUCUGAAGUUGUGUUUAAGUAAAAUACCUGACGAGAUAUCUAGUAGUAACGGCUUUACCAACCUUAUAAGAGAGAUUACAGAGAUAACAGAUAAAUUUUUGGAAUCGUUGUACAGUCACGAUAAACAGAUUUUGCAACAAAGAGCGCUGUACAACCUUAGGUUUGAGUUUAUUCAAUCAUGCAAACAAUUCAGCGAAACCUUGAAAGCAUAUAACCGUGAUAAAAAUUUUAUAAACAAUCAAUAAAUUGAGCAGUAAAUACAAAGAUAAUAUGUCAACUACUAAAAAACAAUCAAUGAUAAAUAGGUGAGAAAUUAAUUUAACAAAAUUUAAUUAAUAUAAUCUGAUAAUUUUCAAAUAAUUCUAGUAAAUUUUAUUUUCACCAUGAUCUAAGAGUUUUAAUAGAACAUUUUUAUCUUGAAUAUUUAAAGUAAUUAGUUCCUUUGAGUUGGGAUAUUCAGAAAAAUAUCCCAAUAAUUAUCCUGGUAAGUCUAAUGGUGUCCUUGGACUUUAAAUGGACAUUUCCCAUUGGUCAAUAUUUAUUUCACUUGUCAAAUAUUGUACAAAUGUUGUUUUCUAUUUUAUGUUACGAUGUGGUCUGUUUGAUUGGUGUAUAAAUAGAUUAUGUCUGAAAUAUAAUGAUUCAUAUCUCAGAGGCUGAGAAUUGCGUUCUGGACUCAACUGGCUGGGUUAGACAGGGAAGCGGGGUCAAUCAGGAUUCUAGGUCGUUCUUGCGUAUUUACGCGUCUUUGGUCCGAUCGAUAAUUCGCUAACCUCCAAUCAGCAGCAUAACAGAUUACAACACUUUGAUAAAUUUCAAUAUUGUAAUAAGACGAAGAUUAUCAGAACUGUGAUGAUAUAUUAGCACAAUACAUUUCGAAC